UGGUAGCCGGCUUCCGGGACCCCGACAUUGAUGGCCGCAGCCAGACGUUGGGUGGCAUCAAUGCCCGGUGCAUGGGCGGCAGCCGAAGACCCGACGCUUAAAGGCGCCGCGAAAGGCGCGGCCAUGCCCAUCCCCUGCGCAGGAGCGGCAGCCGGAGACCCGGCGGUUAAAGGCGCCGCGGAUGGUGCGUCCUCACCCAACCCCUGCAUGACGGCCCGGGCAUAGGAUCUAGCUAGGCGGGGAAGGCGAAGGCCCAUCCUCAGAUCCAUUGUCCGAGAGGCAGAGGCGGGCAUCGGAGCAUGGGGUGCCAAGCGAACGCGGGGAAUCAGAGGGCGGUGAGGUGCAGCUCAUCCUGGCGAGGCGCCGAAGGGCCAGCGGGCUGCGGGCGGGACGCGGCGGAGGGUGGAGAGCGGAGCGGAGCUAGGUCCUGGCUUUCUUUGUUUUGAUUUCUGGUGAAAUGGCUUCAAGAUCCUUUUGGAGCACAAUGCAGAUGUGCUAUUGAAAUUCUUUCUUGAUAAUGUUGUCUUUUAACUCCAAAUUCUCCCUUUCGCUGGGUUUUGCUACUUUCUCCAAUUGUUCCCACCUGUAAAAGUCCUUUUGGUUGGUGACUAACUGUGCCAUGCCAAUACUUAGGCAAGUUGGUGACUAACCGUGCCAUGCAAUAGUUAGGGUCACCUCCUGCAACUUGGGUCCCUUGUGACACUGAAUCAAAAUAGUGUGCUAGGAUUACUUAGGCUAACAAAGUAUGACACUCAUUUUCAUCAUCUAACCUUCGAUAUGUUAGGCAAAAGAGUGGCAACCUUCAUAAAACAACCAAACAGGCCCUGUCUGUAGCUGUAAUGAGUGAGCCAAACCAGGCAUGGUGGGACCACCGGACCAGUGACCCACACAACAACUCUGAAAUAUCAUUGGGAGCAAAGCCCAGCAAGGCUUUUCGUAUAUUUGGAGCUUUAGGCAUGGCAUUACAUAAAUCUGCCGUGUCAUGUGUGAAGCUAUUUAUUCAGGGUGGAGCUAAUGUGAGUGGUGCUGGUCCUUGUGAUAAUCCUCUGGUCACGGCUGCAGAGAAGGGCUUAACUGAAGCUAUCAAGUGCUUGUUGGAAGCUGGUGCAUACCCAAAUGUUUUUGACACGUUUGGUAGAUUGCCAAUUGAGUUGGCUGCUGAGUAUGGUACACCGGUAGACGUUGAGAUUCUCUUUCCUUCCACCUCUCCUGUUUCAACUGUGGCAAAUUGGAGUGUUGAUGGAAUCAUUAGUCAUGUGAAGAUGGAAAUCAAGCAACUUGAGGAUGACAAUUUUGUGGAAAAGAGGAUGUAUGAGCUGAAAGGCCAAGCGGAUGAAACAUUUAAGAAGCAGGAUUAUCUAAAUGUAUCGGUGCUCUACACACAGGCACUGAAGAUGGAUAACUUGGAUGCCAAGUUGUUGUCAAACAGGAGCCUUUGCUGGCUUCGCAUGGGUCCCCCAGGAGUAUGACGCAGCUUAUUGCUCACUGUCGCGUGCUUUAGAGUUGGACCCAGAAAACGAGGAUAUUGAGAAAUUAUUUUGGCAAGAGAUCCAUCUUUCAUCUUGUUUUUUAUUUGUCAGCAGCUGCAAUUUUAUAGGCGCUGCCGUAAUCGGUAGAGUUGGAUCCUUCUUUAACAUGGUGUGAUCAACUAAUGAGUUGGUAGAUUUCGAUCCUUGUUUUUAACAAUGCUGUGACCAACUGAUUCAUGCAGGAGGCGAUGGAACAGAAGUGAUCAUGCGGACUGCAGAGAGAAGCUGCUCACGCGUGCAGCUCCGUUUUUUCUACUCUCCUUUUUGUGUAAUAAAAUUCACUUAUGAUGAGCAAAACAUGUUAGUGUCAAUGUUAUGCGAUGCUGUUAGUUCUACCCGUUGUAGAAUAUUCUCAAGUCCAAAUGUUUGAGAGUAUAUGCUUUCUUUGACUAGCCCUGAACACUAGUACUUGAUUUAGCUGAUGAUGAAUGAAUCGGGUAACUAUAUAUGCUAGAGUGCAAUAUUUGACA